AUGAUGGAUACUGAUGCAGCUUUAAAACUCUUGGUUAGCGGUCCUAUAACUCCUCAAAUGAUUGCUCACGUCGCUCGAAAAGCUGCUGAAGUAAUCCCAUGCGACCCACCACCGACUAGUCAACAACAAACCUCUCAGUUGACAAAUAUAGUACGAGCCCUUGGUGAUGAUAACCAACCUUUACCUCCUUUGAUAACAUUUAUACACCGAUUAGUAGUAAAAUCAAAUGUUUCAACUGCCACUUUUCUAUCAACGAUCGUUUACUUAGAUCGUCUAAGAAACAAAUUACCAAAACUUGCAAGAGGUAUGCACUGUACACGUCACAGAGUUUUUCUUGCCACUCUAAUAGUUGCAUCAAAAUACUUGAAUGACUCUUCUCCUAGAAACAAAUAUUGGUCUAGAUUCUCUGGUAUAUAUACCGUAUCUAAAGUUAAUCUCAUGGAAAGACAAUUUCUCUCCUUACUAGAUUAUGAUCUUCGAAUUCAUAAAUCGGAUCUAGAAUUACAUCUCAGUCCACUUUUAAAAACACUACAAACAUUACCAAAAUUAAAUAUUAAUCCUCAAGGAUUGAUAGGUACUGACGAAGAAAAUGAUAAAAUUAUCUUUUAUGAUGAACCGAUAUCUACUACAUUUAAUGAACUUUGUAAACUCACCCCUCCUUAUGAACGACUAAAAGACCGAUAUGGUACUGACGCCUUUAAUUCUCAUUGUGGCCAAUCAGUGAUAUUGCCGCCUCCAAUCCUUUCUUCUAAUAUCAUUCGUGAGAUGUAUACUAAACUAUAUUAA